CGUGGUAUUUGCUUAGUUGUCGUGGUAAAACAUUUGAUGCCGAUCAAUUCAUAGAUCAUGCUCCAAACAAAAAAUAUCACUCGUUGUGACUUUCCUCAUUAGAUGUAUAUAGUUUAUCUCAAACUUACUGAAAAUCUCUAGAGAGGAUAUGACUCCUGAUCAUAGAAAUGAAUUGCCACUGGUUGAGGAAGAUGAAGAACUAAAAGAAAGCAGAGAGUGGCCUCAAAUUCUGGCAAUUCUGAUUGGUUCUCUGACAUCUCUAACAGUUGGAAUUUUUCAAGCCUGGCCGUCUCCAUAUUUACUAAAACUUUCCAAAGAUAAAGAAAACUACAACAUAAGUGAAAAUGAAGCCUCAUACCUGCCAAUGAUUAAUCCAAUCGCUUCAGUAAUCUUCUCACCAUUUGCCUCCAUAUUAUGCGAUGCCAUCGGAAGAAAGAAGGUCUUGCUGCUGACAGCAUUUCCUCAUGCACUAGCUUGGAUUCUGAACGCUUCAACUAACAAAGUUUACCUGUUUUACCUAGCGAGAUGUUUGAUAGGGAUGUCAGAAUGUAUGAUAUACCUUGCAAUGCCUAUGUACAUUGGGGAAAUAUCUACCCCCAAAGUGAGAGGUACAUUUGGUAAUACAUUAACUUUUUCAAUUUUUUUUGGAAGUUUGUUGAUGACGGUCUUAGGAAGUUACGUAAGCGUCAAAGAAAGUUCGUACAUUUGCGUAACGUUACCGAUUAUAUUCUUCUUCUCGUUUCUGUUCAUGCCUGAAUCGCCUUAUUACUAUUUGAUGAAACACAGAUAUGAAGAUGCGAAGGUGUCCUUGAGAACUCUUUCGGGGAAGAAGAAUGUGGACAGACAUUUUGUUACUCUUAAAGCCCUCGUGAGAAGACAAAUGUCGGAAUCAGGAACCUGGACAGACCUUUUCACAGUUCAUAGCAAUAGAAGAGCCCUGAUUAGCUGUACGUAUCUGAGGGUUUCCCAAGUUCUUGGUGGGUUCAUGGUGUUCUUCAACUUCACGCAGUAUAUUUUUGAGAAAUCUGGAAAUUCUGGUGUGUCUCCACAAGUAUCAUCUAUCAUAUUCAUGAGUUUAUGUGUAUUUUUCAACUUCUGCGCAAGUCUAACUGUUGAUAGGCUUGGCAGGAGAUUAUCUUUCAUGGCUUCUGUGGGGGCGUGUGCCAUAGUUCUGUUCUUGGAGUCUCUUUAUUUUUACUUGGACAAAGAAGUUACCGGUGUGGACGUUAACAGUAUUAAAUGGUUCCCGCUAGUUGGGCUUCUUCUCUAUAUAAUUUUUUCUUCGUUUGGAAUUGCGGUUGUCCCUACAUUGUUGUUGGGCGAACUGUUCUCCACUAGUAUCAAAGCAAAAGGUCUGACCAUGAUGAUGAUGAUAUCUGCUGCAUCAAUGUUUUCUGGAAAUUAUAUUUUCUACACCAUGAGUUCCGCAUUUGGCCUGUAUGCUCCCUUAUUGUUUUUCUUCUGUAUCAAUUCGGUCUCCUUUGUAUUUUCCUUUUAUUUGAUUCCUGAGACGAAGGGAAAAACCCUGGAAGAGAUUCAACAGUCGAUGAAGAAAAAGAAAAAUGGAACAGUCAAGGAAAACCUUAACCUACUGGGUGUAUCGCCGACGUUGGUCUUGAGCAAUUCAACAUUCAAAAGUUGAGGAAUUCAAACCCCGCCGUUUAAUGUGGAUUUAAAUAUUCAAAAAUGUUUCUGGAACUACUUUUGAUAUUUUGAAAUUCCACAGUUUACCUUUUUUUAUG